AUGGCAGAAUCUCCGCUUACAUCCUCCAGCCGUGACGACCAGGCACCUAUCAUGCAGCUCUUGGAGACCUCAGGCUCCAACCGUCCGGGCACUACGAAUUCUGCUCCGGCAGCGGGGCCCACCACGGAGGUUCUCACGGGGUCUGAUGGACAACCACGUGUUACCCUGGAGGUGCCAGUGGACUUAUCCCAAGCAGAGGCUGGAGAAUCCACUAUCGCGCUGGAGAUUCUGGUAGCUGCCGUGCCGCAGCGAACACUGCUAGCCACGAGCAGGCCCAGAAGCUACUUGCUGGACUCCUCUGCCGUCGUGCUCUCUUGGAUACCAUCCUGCAGUCAGCGACCCAGCCUUGCCUACACAGGGUAUGCUCCACAGUUGUCGAUGACACCGGAGCCCUCACUGUCGUUCGACUCCCGGCCAGCGGAUUCGGAUCAGGCCGCCGACGGUGAGGCACCAACCCCCACCAGGCCGAUACUUCCCAGCCGAGCGGAGUAUUUCUACAAUCCCUUCCUUAAACCGACACAUGAUGGGAUGAGACUUACGCAGGCAGAGAACCAAUCUCUCCGGUAUGUGGCCUGGAAAGGAGCCAGGCCUCCAAACACAGUCUACUUGAGGCCUCUCCUUCGAGAGAUUUUGGCCGACUCUGAUAAGGCCAAGGAAGGGGUAGAUGGAGCCCCUGUGGAUGCGAAUGCUUCCACGUCUUUCUCCGCUCUUGGAUGUGCUCAGAUCAUGAAGGCGGCUCGCGGGGAAGAGCCCUCCUCAUCUGGCCAUGGAGCUGCAGCCGCGGUGGAGUCCAGCAAGAAGUUGACCCGCUCCCGAUCUGACACGGCAAUGCCCUCUGGCAUCAGCAGACAGAAGCAGACGACUACUAUUAUCAGUGACGAUGAGAGUCGCUCAUCACUCUCUACAUUCUCCGAUGAGCUGGGAGAAUUUCCGAGUGAAGUGACGGUGGGCGACCUUGUUCUGCGUUCUGUGAGGCCGCUCCCACCGAAGCUGGCCACAACAGCUCAGGAUCCUGAGCGAUCAUCGGCACCGCCUGCCGACCCUGAUACCACCAAUGCUGCCCCAGCUGAGACUCCUUCCAUGCCUCCGACAACUCAGGCAGAUCCGUGGGGAAGGGCUCCUUUGCCGCGUCGCAGACUGUCCAGUGACAAGAUGGAGCCAGCUGGUGAGGGCUUCACAUCGGCUGGUAUGGUUUAUCAGCUCCCAAAGAAGGUGCCGAAGAAAAGACCGGCUCCGCCGAGUUCCGAGCCUCAGCUGCCGUCGGGUCAGCCUGACUCCUCUAUGGGUGGACGAUCCCCGAUGGCUGCGGAACAGGUUAAAAGCAAUCAAGCUGAGCUGGCACAGACAUCAGGCCUUGCCAUGACUCUUCGAAGGCUGACCCCAAUCCCGGUGCCUGGCCGAGUACCAGGCUUGGUGUCGCGCCUGUCACACUGGAACCUCUACCUACUGCAAAGAGGAUGCUCCAUGGCGGCCUACGCCGGCUGUGUCGGCUUCUUGGUCGUCGAAAGCACCUUAGCCCAGCAGGGGAGCUACGAAUACGUCGGACCCACCGCGCCGACUAUGCAACAGGUGCACACGGCCCUUGCCACGGUCCUCCUGCAAUCUUGGCAGCUGUGUGCUCCGGUCAACUCUCCAACCAACAGAUCAGUUCGUCCGGCAGCUGAGCGUGUGAGACGUCUAGCCUCGCUUCAGAAAGCCCUUGCCAAAGCUGCCAAAGAGCGCAAGAGGAAUGCAUUUGCUGCCUUCCUGGAGGAAAUCAAUCGGCCAGGCUUUGGCAACCUGAUGUCUCGAGUCUUCAAGGCGACCAAGAGGUUUGCUCCUCGUACUAAGAAAACACGUGUGCAACUGAAGGACGAGGCGGGUCAACUUCUGAGUGAACUGGCGACAGGCCAGGCCUAUCGUGACUUCUUUAGACAGCUCUACAACAGUCCUGAUCGUGCUCCACCACCUGGAGUGCUCACUGAGGGAGUUGAUGUUUCAUGGUCCGAAUGGAUGAGUGCGCUCUCCCAGACAGCGGCACGCAAAGCCGUUCCACAGCACUAUGCUCCUGCCCUUCUUUGGAAGGAAUGUGCCGAUCUACUGGCCGACACGAUUGCUCCGCAGGCUCAGUUUCAAGAGGGACCGCUCUUCUUCUGCGAUGCAUGGGUGAUUGCAUACCUCGCUCUUCUACCCAAACCUCCGAAACUGCCAUCUCACCCCAAGGCCCUGAGACCAAUUAGCUUGCUGGAUCCUGUGUCGAAAGCUUUCGGGGUGAUUCUUGCUCAACGCCUCAAACCGUAUUCCAACGCGUACCUCCAAGAUCUUCCGCAAUUCUCUUAUUUAGAGGGGAGGUCUACAUCCGACUCACUCGGAAAGGCCAUGUCGCACUGUUCUGUCAUCCGACAGAUUCUCCAGUCUCAAAAGGCCAACGUGCACACUGCUCGCGCUGGCAAGCACAGACUUGAAUUGGCGGGUGGCCUGGCUUUGAGUGUUGAUCUCUCACGUGCUUUUGACUCCAUCCCCUUUUGGGUGUUGAAGGAGGCUUUGCUCCAUGCCAAUGUCCCAACAGGCCUUGCAGAACUUAUCCUCUCCUUCCAUUCCCAAAUCAGGUUUCAGGUUCCUGGUUUUGACUCUGAGGCUAUUGCAGGGCGCGGCAUCAGGCAGGGAUGUCCGCUCGCCCCCCAGCUAUGGGCGAUCACCUCCGGAUACUUGAUACACCGUAUUCAGCUUCGAACCUCCUCUCAGUUCGUGCGGGAAUCCUUCACCCUUUAUGCGGAUGACACCCUGGGGUCAGCCCAGACAAAUCUGUCAUUUUGCUGGAACUUCGUGGCCCGAAGGCAUCCCAAGCUCUUAAAUCGGCUGGUUGAGAUCACCAACAUUGCUCUUGAAACUCAUGCGUGUCCGGAAUGUGGUCAGGAGUUUGCAGACAUCACACACAUGCACAAGCACCUGGCUAAGGCACAUAAGAUUAGUCUCCGGGGUGAUUGGCAUCAACACCUGACCAAAGACUGUGUUGCUCUUAGUCGUGGGGGCAUGCCGAAGUGCUUUUUCUGUCAUCAUGAAUUCUGGGGCUGGCCAGAGUUCAACCUGCAUGUUGCCUACAAACAAUGCGUUGGCCUCAGAGCUCAUGCGGCCCUCCACGGAGACAAUUUUCAUGUGAUCCCGCCGGAGCAAUCGGACCAUUUGCCGCUGAUACAGAGACCCGACAUCAGACAAAAGCUUGAGCAGGGUCCCUGGUACUCCAUCCUCCGACAUCCCUCGGUUGUGCAGUCGCUUGAGCAUCACUGUCCGAUUUGCCACAAGUACGUCCUCCGCGCGAUGCUCAUCUACGUCAUUGCCUCAUCCCUUGCUGCUGUAUGCUUCUUGAGAGUAUCUUGUUCCCGCACAGGCCGACUGCAAAGGAACCACCGCUUCAUGACGUUUGCGCCGUCUCCUCUCCUGGCCGCCCCAGGCUCGAAUUCGCUGGAGGCUCCCAUGAUGAGUCCCCAGGACGAGAUGAAGAUGUACUGCGGGCUCCUUCAACCGGAGGAAUCAGUGCAAGAGAUGGAGCUGGAGCAGUUCGCCGGCAGUGCCAAGAGACCGCGGUCGGAGGGGAAGCCAGAGGAAGCGGAGCGCACCAACAAGCAGCAAGGUCUGGGAAAGGGGAAGGGCAACCCCAAGGGAAAAUAUCAGCGUGGUUCGGAAGGACAGGGAAAUCGGGCCGAUCACCGCAAGUCCGAGCUACUCUUCCUACAACAGGUGGUGGCCAGCCUUUGCAGACUCAUUCUUCGCCACGAGGACGCACUGGCAUUGCAGGCUCUGGACACUCGAUUCGUGCUCUUCUGCUCCAAUCACGAUCAAGCCCUUCCGAGCAAGCUGUGGAAACUAACUAGCCAAAGUCUGGCGAGAAAAGAAGGAGAAGCAGCUGGUCAACAUGUCAUUGAGGGUGACUAUGGGACUCUUCAUGAUCGGGGAGGUGAUCCGGAAAGCGGAAGAAGGAAUGGCCAAGUCCCGGGAGGAGAUGGUUCAGAGUCUCUGGAUCACAGAGGACGGCAACUGGAACUAUCUGCCUGGGAUUCCGAGUCCAAAUCCCACAAGGUCGAUGCCAGCAAGGACCCUAUCGCACACUCCCUGAUUCUGAAGGACUUGCGGAGGCUGGAGGAACUGCUUCCCACUCCGAAUGUGUUGCAUCGCCUGCACUCCCUUCGUCCUCUCACCGAGACUUCAGAGGCGCCGGUGAUCGCAUUUGUCAUGGACAUAGGACUCCGGGCUGCGGAAGCUCAAGAAGCGUACACCAUUCUGAAAUCCCUCAGCCAGUGUGCCAUCACCCAAGUGGCAUCGUUCAAUAUCCGGCCGGACAAGCUGCAGAGGUCUGCAUUGGCCAAUCACGUUACGCCAGAUGCCAGAGUGUUCAUUCAGUCGUUGCUUCAGGUCCGCAAUAGCACCUGUCUCUUGGAGUUACCAGACUGGUUGCGUUUUACUCGUGACUGGCAGGAGCCUCACAGGCAGCAUGAUGUGGCCGAGUUCGCACAAUUUUUGGUGUCGGCCCUUGGUAUCACCAAUAUCAUGCUGCAGUCUCAGGCCCGUGUGCAGACCGAUCAAGGUAUUGACAUUCUUUCCACCGAGAGUUCCGCUGUGCUUCGCCUGCCGCUUACUUCUGCAAGCACUGAUGUGCAAGGGCUGAUCAACUUGUGGUCCACUCGGGGCCACGUGCAGGCCCUCAAUGAGCCUUUGCCAAGGCUUGCUGUUGUACAAAUCGCCAGAUUCGCAGAAUCCUCCAAAGACUGCACACCGAUUGACUAUCAGCGAAUCAUCCAUAUUCCAAUGUUUAGUGGUCCUGAGCUUGACACCAUCGCUGUUGCCUAUUGUCUGGAGGCGGUUUGCUUGCAUAGGGGUGCUCAGGCCACGCAAGGUCAUUACCGGGCCCUGCUUGUUGCCGAAGACAGUGUCACAAGAGCGACAUCAUCUGAUCCUGUGGGAGCGCUUCCACAAAGCCUGUAUACCUGCCUCACUGAUGAUGGAGUUUGUGCCUCGCCGGACACCUUGAGUGCGAGAACACCCUUACUACAAUUGGAAGGAUAUGUCCUCUUCUACAGAUUGCAAAGGUGUCGCUCUUUAGUUAGCUCGUUCCGAGAGUGCCAAAACAAGGCACGCCAUAGGCCGGGCGAUUACACGCCUGUCUCCAGACUCGUCGCUAGGCCAGGCUCGACCGGCUGCGCACUCAAAGACAUCUUUCGGCAUCUGAAGCGUCAGCACCCGCUCUCUGCACUUCACGAGUCCAUGCCAGCUGACUGGCUCACAGCACGUACAGCUGCUGCCCGCUCUCCCUGUAGCUGGUGCAGACUUACGGUGUCCUUCAAAACUCAGCACGUUGCCGCUUGCCCUGUUUUGCAACAGACCAUCACCUUGCGCAUCCUCGUCCGCCAUGAGCUUGGCCUCCUCUCAGGCUUUGGGCAGCGGCCUCUCUCUACAGGAGAUUCAGCGUCAGCAACGGGAGGCUCAGGCCGAGCUGCGAACAAGCGUCACGAAAUGGAGGAUGCGGAAGACCAGGAGAAGGAGCGCGAUGCGAAGCGGGCCAGACGGGAAUCCAAGGGUGGUUUCGGACGAGGCGGGAGGGGCAAAGGCAAUCAGUCGGGCCAGCCGUCGAAGAACAAUGGGCCUCGUCGACAGCCUUUCCGCCGAUCGACGGAGUCGGACUCCAAGGCCCCGGAUGGCAUGAUGUGGCUGCUGGGCAAACUCCUCUUGCGCCACGAGGAUCAGAUGGGAAUCGACAGGACUCAGAACGGUUUUGUCAUGUUCUUCAAGAGAGAGAGUGCUCUCUCCCUGGUUCCUCUCUUCGUGCAGAAGUCUCAGCAUUGGAAUGCUCUGAAAGAGCAGAAGCAGGAGAAAAUGGACGAGAUUGCCCUUUCUCUACGAUCCUUUCUCUUCCACACAGUGAUGGAGACCCUGGUGAAGCGCAUCAAGGACACCGUGAAGAACGACGAGCAACUGAAGACUGCUAUUACCCUUCAGGUGUUUCUUCCCAAGGAGGGCGACACGGAGCUACGCAUUCCCUUCCUGAGCUACAACCCGGACACCAAAUCUCUGGCACCUCGACAGGAUCAACGGCCGAUCCCGGAGAAGCAAUGCCUCUGCCCUCUGGCCAUCAUGCGAUUCCACUCCACUCAGCGCCUCAACGGCCCCCUUCAGGGUCCAACCGUGCCCUUCUUGCUCCAGGUGGGUCACAGGUCGCCGGAAGCAGCCGAGCUCUAUCUGAGCCUCCGAUCGCUGGCCAAUUCGGCGAUCUGGCAGUUGGUGGGCGGAUCUCUGCGUCCGGAGAAAAUGGGACGCUCAGCCCUGGCAACCGAGCUCGCUCGCCGUUUGCAGGGGUCCUACACUCAGACAGACUGUUCUUUCAAUCACCCCAGCUGCUCCGAGUUGUCAAUGCUUCCAACCAUUGUUACGCCAACUCGGUGA